AUGAAAUUUGGACUGCUUACAGUUGGAAUCGAGAAUAUGUCGUAUGGCAGAGAUCGACGCAAAAGUGUCCCAAACUUUCCAAGGAAAGAAUCAACGCCCGUUGGGAACGUAGCUACCGGACGUAGUAGGAGCUGCGUCGAGAAGAUCGCGAAAAAGCGGUUGAGCAUGGACGAGGCAGCUCUGCGGAAAACAUCUGUUCCAAAAACAGCAUUUCAGCAAAUAUAUUCACGCAUGCCCGUCAUACCAACAAUCAUCGAAACGCUUGCUCCGGACGAAGAUGGUGCAUCUGAAGCCGCGCAAUCAAUUAGCAAUUUCGUCGAACCACACAGACACACUUUCACUGAAGAACUCCUUGACAGCAGCAACAGCAGCAGCAGCAGCAGCAGUUCCACGAGCGGCAGUAGUCCCAUCUCCCCCGGUGCUGACCAGCAAUCUAGUGGACAAUCCGCUGUUAGGGCGCAACACAAAUUUAUCCCGAAGGAGCCUGAUAUUAAUUUCAUACGAAUAGAAGAACCAUCCGGAUCCAGCUCUGCUGUUCAGUGUUAUUCAGAGCAGCACCCAAUUAUUAUAGGCCCAUCAUCCGAGAGCAGCUCGGAUUCUAACGAAAUUGAUCAAGGCUUGAUUAUAAAAAUUGACCCACGAUAUGGAGAAGAACCUAGUGAAUUUUCUCAUACUCCGGCAGGUCGGAAUUUAACAACUGAUGUACCAAGAACUCGACCGACAGCUUCUGAGCCGUUUAAUAUAAGUUUUGCUGGACUGAGAAGGGGCAGGAGAGAACCCGGUGAAGAACAAUCCAGAACAGGGCGGACCGCUCGAAACGACGAAAUUCGUUCUCAAAAACCGAGUAAUUUAUGA